AUGUCCGCAAAUUACGAUGGAGUUAAUAAAAUUUCGCAAAUCAACACGGUACACCGCAAAGCUGACGUUGAAUGUGAAACAGCUUUCUCGACUUUCAAUGAAGAAAAUAUCGAGGCUGAUUUAUUCCGGGGCUUCGAAAAGGUACCGCAAGUGGUCUUGCCGCGUUACGACAUCUCUCCUUACCUAAAUAAUGCCGUCAAGAAGGGUAAGCUUGCUUUCCGUAGUGAAACCGGAGAGAGUUUAAACUCGAAAAGUUCGUCAAUAUUAAACCGACUAAUACAAGAUUGUUCUGUUAAAGUUGUGAGAGAAAACUUGGAGCUGUUAAGACAGUCUCUUCUCACCAGUUCUCCUAGGUCUGAUAUAUCAGUUGUAGAGUUUGAUGAAAGUAUGGCAAAUUUAAAAUGUAAGAUAUGUGAUAAAGUUUAUGCAAACGAAAAGAAAUUGUUAAAUCAUCAACAAAACAAACACAUGAUUAUUUACAAGCCAGAAACGAAACCGCAGAAACAUGUCUCCUUUUCUGAUCAUGUUAUUGUUCAUGAAGUUAGAGAAUACCAUAAGUGCAGGAAAUGUACAAAACUUUUUGGUGACUACAAAUCACUUAAAGCCCAUAUGAAACUGAAACACAAGAAGCGGAAGUGCUACAUUUGCAAUUACUGCGACAAGGUUUUCAUUGAUCGAAUGUUCUUCAAAGUACAUAUAAGACUUCACUGUGAUGUUUGCGGUAUCUUAAUGCCGAAUAAAUCAAAGUACAUAGAUCACCGACGUAACAUAUGUAGGGUUUUGAAAAUGCAUAAAUGUAAAACGUGUGAUUCGUCAUUCUUUAAAUUUAUGGAUUUGAAAGAUCAUAGUUAUGAACAUCUUAACACAUAUUUCAUAUGCGACAUAUGUAAAGACCAAUUUGAGACUAAAUGUGGUGUUUCUCAUCAUAUUUCGUUUCUUCAUUCUAAAGAACGACCAACAGCGUUGUAUGCAAUGCGUAAUUUGGGUAGUGACCGCUUGUAUCUAUGUAACUUCUGUGAAGAAUGUUCUGUAGAAAGAACUGUACUAGAAGCCCAUGUACAGGCACUUCCAGACCUAUCAAAUCGUGCCAUGACUGGAUAUAAGGAUUAUUAUUUCUGUGAUCAAUGCUUAAAAAAGUUUGAUACUGAACAAGAUAUGUUACAACACAAGUGGACACAUUUUCUUAAAACUAGUGAUAAUUCUCAAGUGCGACCGAAAAGCAUAUUGACUAACGGUAACAAACUUAUGUUUAAGACUACCUAUAAGAUAGAUGAGACUGUACCUGAGUUCAUGAAGCCUCAGGUAGUUCUUAAAAAAUUAGACGACGAUGCUGCAAAUUUUAAAUAUCCUAAUAAUAAUGAGAAACAAGUCAAGAGAGCAAUGAAAAAGACAAUUUUUUCAAACUUUCAGUGUGAGACAUGUGGGAAAUAUUAUUCAUCGAGUUACAGUCUUAAUCGGCAUAUAGAAUCGCAACAUAGUGAUUUUGAAAAUUUACGAUGCAAGGUUUGCGAGGAGACAUUUGUUUGGCCCUCAUUAUUGAAAUCUCACAAAUGUAUACGUCUCAAAAUACCGGAAAUGCCGUUUGAUGACGCAAGACCGGAGAUACACUUUGAUAAUUUACAUGAACUCACUCAGAACGGUUUCGAUGAUUUCAAUAUAACGGACAAUGAUGAUUAUAUGAACUCUGUAGACUUUGAGAUACCAGCGCCAAUAGUUGAACUAUCCGAAGGCACGAACUCUUUUGUGAAUAAUCUGAACUAUGUAGGCCCAUUGCAAAAUUUGGGUUACAAAGUGGUUAUGCAAGAGGUACCGAUAGAAUUUUAA